AUGAACGAUUUACAAAACCCUUUAUUGUUUGAAGGGGAUAUUGCUGGAAUAGACGAUCAAAUUUUAUUAAGAGACGAGCCGGUCGACGCGACCGACGAAGACAUCUUCAAUCAUCCAUACUAUAGCGCAAUAAAUUUGGUAACUUAUCCGAACAAAUUGUGGCCAAAUGGACGAAUUCCAUAUAUGUUGGAGAAUGGUUUAGAUUUUGAGCAACGAGCAGCAAUCGCACAAGCAUUCGAUGAGUACAAAAAGAAGACAUGCAUACGAUUCGUGCCAAAGCAGAUCGAUGAUAACGAUUAUGUAUAUAUACGAAAAAAUAAUGCAUUUGGAUGUUCGUCAUUUGUUGGUCGUGCUGGUGGCAAUCAAACGGUUUCCUUAGAAAUUGAAAAAUGCUUUAAAAAAGGAGUAAUAGCGCAUGAAUUAAUGCAUGCAAUCGGAUUUUUCCAUGAACAUUCGAGAACUGAUCGAGACAAAUAUGUUUAUAUUAAUGAGGACAAUAUCCGAACUGGUAUGCUACGAAAUUUUGAGAAAUAUCCAAAAAAAGUGAUCGAUCCUCUUAAUAUGCCAUAUGAUUACGAUUCAGUUAUGCAUUAUCAUAAACUAGCAUUCUCUAAGAAUGGAAAGGCAACAAUACUACCAAAAGAUGAAAACGCGGAGAUUGGACAACGUUAUAAACUUAGUACGAUCGAUGCCCUUAAAAUUAACAAAUUAUAUCAGUGCAGCGAUUCAUCAAAAACAACAAAUUAUCAAAAACAAACAACGAAAAAAUCAAUUUCAACAAUUCGACCAUCAAGAACGCCACACUGGUGGACGAAAAUAAUGCGAGAAAAAUUAACAACACCUCGGAUUAUUUCAAAGACGAUAGCAACUACGACAACCGCUAAAGUUCCUAAGGAGAGAACUACUGGAAAGACGAAUACAGACAAAUCGCCUGAAGGUUUAUUCGUAUUUCUACCAUUAUGUGAAGAUUUAAAUUCGCAUUGUGAAAUGUGGGAAGAGCUCGGCCAUUGCAACUAUUCGGCUAAAUACAUGAACUAUUAUUGUAAAAAAUCCUGUCAACUUUGCCAUGAAAAAGAAAAAAAAUUAAAUGAAAUAUUAAAGCAGUCAGAGGAAUGCCUUGAUGAAAAUCUAUUUUGUGGCUACUGGGAGAAGAUUGGUGAAUGCAAAAGUGAUAGCCGAUUUAUGAAAUUAUCUUGUAGGAGAUCAUGCGGACGAUGUUGA